AAUCAUUCUAAGUUGAUCUAACACAGUAAAAUGUUCUCCAAAAUCCUGACUUUGUGCGCUGUUGUGGCGGUGUCCCAGGCGGGACUUCUGCCGGCAGCCGUGCACUACUCUCCAGCCUCGGCCGUCUCCUCCCAGAGCAUUGUGCGCCACGACCAGCCCGCUCUCGCCACCAAACUGGUGGCCACCGCGCCCGUAGCCAAGCUGGCCGUUGCUGCCCCUGCAGUGUACCACGCCGCCCCCGCAGUGUACCACGCUGCCCCGUCAGUGUACCACUCUGCCCCUGCAGUGUACCACGCCGCCCCCGCCCCGGCUGUGUACCAGGCCGCCCCUGUUCACUACGCCGCCCCCGUCGCCAAAGUGCUUGCACAGCCUGAGGAAGUUGCGUACCCUAAAUACGACUUCACCUACUCCGUCGCUGACGGCCACACCGGAGACAACAAGUCUCAGCAAGAAUCCCGAGACGGCGAUGUUGUGAAGGGCUCGUACUCGUUCCACGAGGCGGACGGCUCCAUCAGGACUGUAGAAUACUCCGCCGACGACCACAGCGGCUUUAACGCGGUCGUGCACAACACUGCGCCCACUUCCGCGCCGGCCGUCAUCAAGACCCCAGUCUACACCGCCCAUGCCCCCGCCUACUACCAUUAAAACCUCAAAUGAUUG